AUGGCUGAGCCCGGAGUAUCGCCGCAGGCGACCCUGCUGCCAGUCACAGGCCAAGACCGGGCAUCGAAUCGGCAUCGAACUCUGUUUGACACGAGAAGCACGGUGGAACCACGGGGCGACCGGAGCUAUGAUCCGUUUCGACUCUACUACGAUGUUCCCGUCUGGGGCGGGUGGCGCGAACUGCGCGAUCCCCUGACUGAGCGCAGAUAUUGGAGCAAUGUGAACUCCAUGCUGAUGACUUGGAGCCUUGUGGAACUACUUCGGCUCAAUGGACUUGAGGAAUUUCUGCUACUAGGUAGUUGGCAGCUGUUGACCGUCGUGCCCGAAAAGAUGGAGGAAGUGCCCGAAGGGCGGCUGGGUUUGGCCAUGGCUCUGGUUUUUUUAGUGCGCGUUUGGACUCCGAAGAAGUUUCGGUGUUUCUACGAAACGGAAGAGGAGGAGGAGAAGGAGGACGACAAGGAGGAGGACGAGGAGGAGGAGGACGAGGACGAGGAGGAGGAGGACGAGGAGUACGAAGAUCCUUAUUUUCACCUGCCCGUAUGGCCUACACCCGAGCUGGUGGGUGAUCCGCUGAUGGAGCUGAAACCUGGAGAUAUCGUAGCAUCCAUCAACAUGCCCAAGAAAGGCAUUUGUGAAAUUCUGCUGCCGGACAAAGAGAACAUCGUGAAGAGCGGCUACACCAAAUAUCGCUGGCCACCACAGGAUGGCAGCCGCUACCUGCAACAUUUGCCCGCGCGCAUGCGCAACGAGGACUUCGCGGGAAUGGAGGCGGUGGUGGCCCCCACAUGGAUUGUGCUGCCAGCUCCGCCCAACCGGGUGGGCCCCAACAGCAGUGCCUUGUGCGUCACCAUGACACGAGAUCCCCGAUCCGCCGUCAUUGGAUGGUUGCAACCAGAUGCCCAAGUGCGAUUGCAUCUCAUCGAAGGCACUCGCGCCCUGCUGGGAUAUCUCGAAGAGGAGAACGCCCACCUGGCGGGUGGCUGGAUCAGUGUGGUGCGCCUGGAUGGCUGUGCCACUCUUCGGCGCAUUCUCGAGGAGACGGAGAACCAACGCACCAGUAUUCAACGCGAACUGAACCAACACCUCAAGGCUGCGAGCGGGACAGAAAGGAAUUGGAGGCUGAAGGAAUCGCUUCUUGGCAGUACAGAUACCUUGGAAGCUCUGAAGAUGCUCGAUGAGGCGCAAGACGUCCUCCUCUGCGAAUCCUCGUCGGCGUCCUCCAAACAUUCCAGUGCCAGGAUCAGUUCCAAACUGGGCUCCAAGUUGUCCAGUCGCAUGGGAUCCAAAAUUGGAGAAGUUCUGCAGAUCGGAGUCCACCAGUCAGCACCACACGCCGCGAACGCCGCGGACUUUGGCUUGGCCGAUGCUCGGAAAGUGGCUGACCAGUUCGUGGGCCCUCCCGAGAAGCAGGAGCAGCGCGAGACGGUCAUUGGUGCCUUGCCAUGGGUACCGCCCAUGGGAGGACCCCAAAUCAGCUGUCCGCAGUAUCCUUCGAAAAAUGAUCUACGAAUGGUGGGAGGCUAA